AUGGAUACUCCCAGCCAUGCCUUCUUGCCCGCUUUCCGCCUAUUCUGGGACCAAAGCCCUGGCCCCGACGAGCACGUUGAAGAUUUCAUCCCAGACCAUGACACCCCAAUCCCGAUCCACCGACUGCUUGAAACGAUGGAGGUAACGAGGCGUGGACCGGUUUCGCCGCACCUGACUCCAAAUUCGAUCGUCAGCUACGGCAGCGGAUCGCGUCCGACCUCUUCGUUGAGCAACCAUUCCGAUGUGUGGAGGGAAAGGGCGCCAAAGCCGCUGGCUUCCCGUAGGGCCAACAACUUUCGGGCGGCUCGUGAACUGCUCGGACGCGUGCUGGUCAGCACCCAUGUCAACUGUGAGCGUCUGACUUCCAAAGAGUUCGCCAACUACAUCGUCCAUCAUGUCAUCUCCGUGCCAUUCCUCGAAUACGUAGAACAUCCUCUCCUUCUCUCAAGAGAAAUAUGCUUCGCAUGUGACCGAGAAGUGCCUCCAACAUGCUCGCCGCCGUACCUGCUCAUGAUGGCUGAAGAGAUCUUCGAGGGCUACCAACCGCACCCCGAGACGAACGAAAAAUUCGGUUCUCAUGCUCGCUCUGACUUUUUGAUGCUACGA